AGAUAUGAGGUUCCAUAACGUAAACAAAGUGCGUAUCAGUUGUGUAAUGAGAUAGAAAAUGAUCAAAUGACAUGGAGAUCCCUUGUCGCACACUUUUGCUUGUAUUCCUUCUGCAUUUCAAUCCAGAUGGAUCCUUCUAUUACGUCGAUGGCAGCAAGGUUGAACAGUUCAACGCGUCAUCCCUGAUACGCGCGUUAUACAACAACGAUAUCGCAUCCUUAGUCGAAAUUUUAACAAAGACGAAGUAUAACCUACGAUCUGAAAUCGUCGCCCAAUUUAAAGACAAAGUUGGGAAGCGCUUAAAGGACGAGUUGGAAAGACGUCUCCCAGAUGACGCACUUAGAGAUCUUCUCGUUGGAUUGGCUCUACCGUCUCAUGUUUUCUACGCGAACGAGUUGUAUAAAGCUAUUGAUGGACUUGGAACGGAUGAAAGCGUUUUAAUUCAAAUCCUUUGCACUCUGACUUACCAGGAAAUGUUGUUCGUUAUGGCCGCUUAUGAAUCUGAGUUUGAUCGUACGUUGGUGGAUGACGUUAAAGACGAUACAAGUGGAGACCUAAAAAUGUUUUUUGUGUCGUUACUUGAUUCCCGCCGAGAUGAUGGUGGUACUGUCCACAAGGAGCGGGCAGCGGUCGACGCUCGUAGACUACUAAAAGCAGGUAUCGAAAAAGUGGGUACAGACGAGUCGGUGUUUUACGAGGUUCUCUCCACUCGUAACGUAAACCAACUGAGACUCAUUUUUGACAACUACAAGGAGUUAUCAGGUCACGACAUUGAGAAGGCCAUAGAAAUGGAGUUUUCUUGGUAUAUUAAAGAGGCCCUUUUGACUUUUGUUGCUGCCACAAGAAGUUUACCGGUCUACUUUGCCACUCGUUUAGACGCAUGCAUGUAUGGCAAAGUGAAAGACCAUAGGCAACUGGUUAGGAUUAUUGUCAGAAGAUUUGAGUUAGAUAUGAGUGAAAUAAAGAAAGAGUAUGUUUCCAUUUUUCAUGUUCAUUUAAAAGCAGAUAUUUACGCCCACACUGAGGGUCUCUUCCAAGCCGCUCUGCUUAAUCUGAUUGGAUUGGAAUAAUAGCCUUCCUGUGUUUCUUUAUUUUAUUUUAUUUUAUUUUAUUUUAUUUUAUUUUAUUUUAUUUUAUUUUGUUUUAUUUUAUUUUAUUUUAUUUUACCUUUAUUUUUAGAGUGUAAUAGUUAUAGCUUAAUAAAAGUCACGCACAACA